GCGAGGGUCCUCACUGAACUCUCACAGGCUGCAGAAGACCCGUCUCUCCCUGCCUUUCUCUCCAUCUCUCGGUCGCCUCCCGACGACAGGCGCGCCUCCUCCAGCACCGACUCCUCUGCCAGCCCGCGGACCGUCCGGCGGGAGGCGACUCUGAGCGCGCAGCAACAACCGAGCCAAGGAUGGAGAACGUUUCGGACACCGACUACCGGGGCCAGAUCUCGGGGCUCUACGGCAACGGCAGCAUGUGCCGGAACUUCGCGGGCGGGAACAACACCACCGAGGCGCGGUGCGACGGCGAGCGCGGACUGACCGGCAGCCCGGACGUGGACACGAACCCGGUCAUCAUCGCCAUCGUGAUCACGGCUCUCUACUCCAUCGUGUGUGUCGUGGGUCUGGUGGGAAACGUGCUGGUCAUGUACAUCAUCGUCAGAUACACCAAAAUGAAAACAGCUACCAACAUCUACAUCUUCAACCUGGCCCUUGCCGACUCCCUGGUGACCAGCACGCUACCGUUCCAGAGUGUCAACUACCUGAUGGGCACCUGGCCGUUUGGGGACGUCCUGUGUAAGAUGGUGAUGUCCAUUGACUACUACAACAUGUUCACGUCCAUCUUCACGCUGACCACCAUGAGCAUCGACCGCUAUGUUGCCGUGUGCCACCCCGUCAAAGCUCUGGACUUCAGGACGCCGCGCAACGCGAAGAUCGUCAACGUCUGCAACUGGAUUCUCUCCUCUGCCAUCGGCCUGCCUGUCAUGUUCAUGGCCUCCACCGCUGCCACCUUUGCUCCAACAGCCUCCAACAUUGUUGACUGCAAGCUCAUCUUCCCCCACCCUUCCUGGUACUGGGACACUCUGCUGAAGAUCUGCGUGUUCAUCUUCGCAUUCAUCAUGCCUGUGCUGAUCAUCACCGUCUGCUACGGCCUUAUGAUCCUGCGGCUCAAGAGUGUGCGCAUGCUUUCGGGUUCGCAGGAGAAGGACCGAAACCUGCGUCGGAUCACUCGCAUGGUCCUGGUGGUGGUGGCGGUUUUCAUCGUGUGCUGGACGCCGAUUCACAUCUUCGUGAUCAUCACGGCUCUGGUCAACAUCCCGAGCUCCACACUGCAGACCAUCACCUGGCAUUUCUGCAUCGCUCUGGGCUACACCAACAGUAGUCUGAACCCGGUUCUUUAUGGUUACCUGGAUGAAAACUUCAAGCGGUGCUUUCGGGAGUUCUGCACCCCGAGUCCGUCCGUGCUGGAGAUUCAGAAUUCAUCCCGCACCGGGGCGACGGGCAGGAAGGCCCCACAGCGGGAGCACAACAGCGGAAACACAGGGGAAAGGUCCAAUCAGCAGGUAGGCCCUAAGGUAUGACUAGCCUUGGAGAGGUCGUCGGUGGACUCUCGCUGCAGCGGCGGCGCGGCCAAUGACGACCUCAACUCGGAGCUGACGCAGGUCACCACAGGGCUCUGACCUCCGACACCCAGCAGCACCCUGACACAGACCAGUGAAGUGCAGCUCUGCAGAUGGACUUGAACGGGUGGCCCGACUGGCUCGAGCAUGAAUGGAAACGGGUCGAUGAAAAACGAUCCGAGAAACACAUCACAUUGUAGCAGCAUCAUCAUUGAAUGUACCUGUGGCUAGCUAACAGCGAAUCAACACUACAUCAACUGGCUUUUUUUCAGUAAGCAACUCAGCUUUAAGCUGACAUGAAUAUGUGGCUGCCUGGACCGACUUAAUAAGAAAUAAGAGGGCGGCAAGCCACGUGCUUGCCGCCCUCUUAUUUCUGCCUUAUUGAUCGCAGCCUGAGUCAUCAUCCUAUUGAUUCAUCUUCAUGCCAUAAAACAAGAUUAAUAGCCAGUUGUUUGCUCCGUGCCUUUGUCAUUUCCAUUCCGCUUUUGUCCGGAUUUCUGUCAACACAGGAGCGACAGGGUUAUUUUCGUGCGUGAAUUUAAAUGAUCUCAAACAUGCACAUGACCUUCGAAUUUUUUUGACCAGCUGUAUUUCAGGGGCUGUUUAUGACUACUGUGCUUUUCAUGACCAAGUAUGGAUGACGUUUGUAAUGUGGGGCUUGAAGUCUGGUUGGCAAUACCAGGACAAAGUGGGCAGCAACAGCAGUGCUUAUGAAGGCGCACACACUAUCAGAAUUGUUGACAUGACUAUAAUUUCUGAUGGCAGAAGAAACAUAGACAAAGAGGCAUAAAGUUCAUUUUCUAGCUUUGCGACCGAGAGGUAUUUAAGGGUCAAUUUAUUUAUUGGUGCUUGAAGGUGCGCCACAAUUUGCCUCCACUGUCGGACAUUAACUGCAGCUCAGUUCACUCAACACUUCAGCCCAGUUUGUCUUUUUCGUCCUGAGCGAUGAGUGUUUGAUGACUCAAUACUGAAUGUACAGAAAGCACUCAGCUGUGUUUGAACCCUCCAGCUGAACUGGCCUCAGUGUGUUUGCUCAGUGCAAAGGACAAGGUGUUUAGUGCUUUACAGCUCAGAUACAUCACCGUAAGAGUGUAUGAUUAACCGCGGCGGAGCGGCCAUCGCAGCCCUGGUCAGGGCCUGCGUCUCUCCUGAUGUAUUUUAAUCCACCUCGACUGUAAAUCUGAUUUAAACUUGCUUGUGCUUUUGUGUCUGUGGGGUAUUGCUUUGUAAAAAUGUGCUAAUGUAUCAUGGACAUAAAUGUAAUGACAUGCCUUUCGAAGUGAUCACACUUUUUUAACGCUUGCUUGUCGAAGAACCAUAUACGAACCAGUGUGAAGAGCAUUAAUAAAAAGAGAUUUGAAAUAACAUGGUUAUAUAAGGCUCAUAACAGCCAGGCUGUUAUAGGUUUCCACAAGGAAUGAUAAAACAUUUAUGGAAGCCAUAACCGUUUAAAUAACUGAAAAGCUCCGUACAAUCAUUUUAUUGUUGGCUUUUGCUCAUAGAUAUUUUUAUGUACCUGAAAAGUGAGUCUUGUCAACAAAGGUGUAAAUAGAUGGAAAAAGCAGUUUGCAGGCUGUGAACAUGACAGCUUUGUUUGCCGAUCAAUGAAGUGUGAGCUUGACAGAUAGAUUGGGUCGUCGUGUGACCAUCUAUAAUUAAAGCUUUUCAGCCCACACAGCGAAAAGAGAUUUGAUUUUCAGCUGAAUAUAUAAUUUGUAUAGACGCCAUAUUUUGAGUGGAAGUGUAUUAGCUGGGAACACGUGUAAUUACAGCUGAACCGUAGGCAUGAAAACAGUCAUAUUUCUCAAGAUCAGAUCCAACGG